AUGUUCUUCUUAGAAACCCUCUGUCUUGCACACUCUCUCUCUUUUUGCACUCUCUUAUACCCUAUCUCUUCCUCACCUUCUACUCUCUUGCAUUCACUCUCUUGUACUCUCUCUCUCUCUCUCACUUGCAUUAUUUCACUUGCUCUCUCUCUCUCUUUGCAUUCUCUUUUGCACUCUUACACUCUCUCAGUCUUGCACUCUCUCUCUCUCUCUCUCUCUCUCUCUCCUGCAUUUCCUCUCUUAUACUCUUUCACUUUCUUUCUUGCACUCUCUAAGUCUUGCACGCUCUCUCUUAUACUCCUCUUUUGGAAUCUGUUUUAUUCAUUUCCUCUCUCUUGCACUAUCUUUCUCUCACUCUCUCUCUCUCUCUAUUUUGCCUUUCCUUUUUCUCUGUCUUGCACUCUCUCGCUUUCUCCUAUUGCGCUCACACUUGCAUGCUCUCUCUUUCUCACCUUCUCUUCUCUCUCAUUCACUCUCUUGUACUCUCUCUCUCUCUCACUUGCAUUAUUUCACUUACUCUCUCUCUCUUUGCAUUCUCUCUUACACUCUCUCAGUCAUGCAUUCUCUCUCUCUCUCUUGCAUUUCCUCUCUUAUACUCUUUCACUUUCUUUCUUGCACUCUCUCAGUCUUUCACGCUCUCUCUUAUACUCCUCUUUUGGAAUCUGUUUUAUUCAUUUCCACACUCCCUCUCUCUUGCACUAUCUUUCUCUCACUCUCUCUCUCUAUUUUGCCUUUCCUUUUUCUCUGUCUUGCACUCUCUCGCUUUCUCCUAUUGCGCUCACACUUGCAUGCUCUCUCUUUCUCAUUUUCUACUCUCUUGUAAUCUCUCCCUCUUGCACUCUUUCACUUGUUCUCUCUCUUUCUCCCUCUCUCUUUUCACUCAAUAUUGCACUCUCUAUCUCUCUUGCACUCCCUCUUUUUCAUUCUCUCUUACUCACUUUCACACACCCUCUCUCUUGCAGUAUCUUUCCCGCUACAUUCCUUUUCCUAUGCCUUCCACUCUCUCUUUUGCACUCUUUCUCUCUCUUUCUCUUCUUGCACUCAUCCUUGCACACUCUCUCUUUCUUAUCUUCUAAUCUAUUGCAUUCACUCUUUUGCACUCUUUCUCUUUUGUACUCCUCUUUUUUAUUCUCUCUUACUUACUUUUACACUCCAUCUCUCUUGUGCUAUCUCACUCUGUUGCAUUAUCUAUCUUGCACUCUUACACUCUUGCUCUCUCUCUCAAUCUUGUUCUCUCUCUCUCUCUCUCUCUCUCUCUCUUAUACUUCCAAUUUUGCAUUCUCUCUUACUCACUUUCACUCUCCCUCUCUCUUGAAGUAUCUUUCUCACUCUCACUUUUUUCUCUUUUGCUUUUCUUUUUCUCAGUUGUGCACUCUCUCUUUUGCACUCUCUCUCUCGCACUUUCUCGUCUUGCACUCUUGCACAGUCUUUCUUUUCUCUUCUUCUCCCUUUUGUACUCCCUCCCUCUUGCAUUCUUUUGAUAAUGCUCUCUCUGUUGCAUUUCCUCUCUUACACUCUUUCCCUCUUGCAAUUUCUUUUUUUGCACUUUCUCGAUUUUACACUCUCUCUCUUUCAUACUCCCUCUUUUGCAUUCUUCCUUACUCACUUUCACACUCCCUCUCUCUUGCAGUAUCUUUCUCUCUCACACUCUUUCUCUGUUUUACUUUUACUUUUUUAUUUGUCUUGCACUCUCUCUUUUGCACUCUCAUUUUCUGUCUUGUAUUCUCUUUCUCUUCUUGCACUCACUCUUGCACACUUUUGCUUUCUCUUCUACUCUCUCUUGCAUUCUCCCUCUUGUACUCUCUCCCUUUUGAACUCUUUCACCCAUGCUCCCUCCCCCCUCUCUCUCCCUUUCACUCUUUCACUCUUGCAUUUUCUUUCAUGAACUCUCUUAAACUUACAUUCUCUUAUACUCCCUCUUUUGCAUUGCAUCUUACUCACUUGCACACUCCCUCUCUCUUACACUAUCUUUCUCUCACUCUCUUUCUGUUUUGCCGUUCCUUUUUCUCUCUUUUGCAUUUUCUGUCUCUUGCACUCCAUAUUUGCAGUAUUUCUUUCAUUUGUACUCUCUUUCUCUCUUUCACUUGA